CAGUACUGCAUUAACGCUACUCAUGAAGGUCAAACAUGCGCUUUUCCGUUUGAUUUUCUCAGAUCUGGUUUUCAAUAUGUCCUGUUCAUGCGGACCUGCAGCGAGGGUGAUUAUAAAGUCUGUCCAUAAAGGUUUUUCUCGCUCGCGUCUUCAGCUCUUCAGCUGCACCAGAGCAGUUUGUGAGGAAGUCCAUCUUCCUCCAUUCGUGCGCGUGAGGCUGUUCUCACAGACAGCAGUGUGUUUCACUUCUAAAGACGGCGAUGGAGGAAAGAAGGGUGUAGGUGAGGCGGGUGGAAAGCGGGCGUCAGGCGCUGGAGGUUCAGGGAAAGGUGGCAGUCAGCUGAGAUGUCCGAAGUGUGGAGAUCCUUGUACACACGUGGAGACUUUUGUGUCCUCCACGCGGUUUGUGAAAUGUGAAAAGUGCCAUCAUUUCUUCGUGGUUCUGUCUGAGACGGACUCUAAGAAGGGUUUGAAUAAGGAAGCGGAGAGCUCGGAGCAUGUUCAAUUUGCAUUCGCUCAGAAACCCCCUCCGCCUCCUAAAAAGAUUUAUGCUUACCUCGACAAAUACGUUGUUGGCCAGUCAUACGCCAAGAAAGUGUUGGCAGUUGCCGUCUAUAAUCAUUACAAACGGAUCUACAACAACCUCCCGGCAGCAGGCCGACAGCAAGCGGAAACAGACAAACAGAGUCCCCUCUCUCCCAGAGAGUUAGAGAUCAGAAGACGUGAAGAUGAAUACAGGUUUACAAAGCUGCUUCAGAUCGCUGGCAUCAGUCCCCAUGGCAACGCUCUGGGUGCCUCUGUUCAGCAGCAGACCAAUCAGCAAGCUCCUCGAGACAAAAGGGGCAGGGACGUGCUUGACUCCGGCCACACUGAUAUUAAGCUGGAAAAGAGCAACAUUGUGUUGCUGGGACCUACUGGAUCAGGUAAAACCCUGCUAGCCCAGACUCUGGCUAAAUGCUUGGAUGUGCCCUUCGUCAUCUGCGAUUGUACCACCCUGACGCAGGCGGGCUAUGUCGGCGAGGACAUUGAGUCUGUUAUUGCCAAACUUCUGCAGGACGCUAACUAUUCAGUCGAGAAAGCCCAGCAAGGCAUUGUGUUCCUGGAUGAGGUGGAUAAGAUUGGCAGUGUGCCUGGAAUUCAUCAGCUGAGAGAUGUUGGGGGCGAAGGAGUUCAGCAGGGUUUGCUGAAAUUGCUUGAGGGAACAAUCAUUAAUGUUCCAGAGAAGAACAGCAGGAAGUUGAGAGGAGAGACAGUGCAAGUGGAUACAACCAACAUUUUGUUUGUGGCAUCGGGUGCUUUCAACGGGCUGGACAGGGUCAUCAGCCGUAGGAAAAAUGAAAAGUAUCUUGGUUUUGGGACGCCCUCUAACCUGGGAAAGGGGCGUCGAGCUGCAGCAGCUGCAGAUCUGGCCAACAGCUCAGGGAAUGAAGUGGAUGCAAUGGCAGCGAUUGAGGAAAAGGACCGGCUCCUGCGGAACGUUGAAGCACGGGACCUCAUCGAGUUCGGCAUGAUCCCAGAGUUUGUAGGCCGUUUGCCUGUGGUGGUGCCACUGCACAGUCUGGACGAGGAGAUGCUGGUGCAGAUCCUUACAGAGCCUCGUAAUGCAGUGGUCCCUCAAUAUCAGGCCCUCCUCAGUAUGGAUAAUUGUGAGCUGAAUGUAACUCCAGAUGCAUUAAGGGCAAUCGCCCGUUUUGCACUGGAACGGAAGACAGGAGCCAGGGGUCUCCGCUCCAUCAUGGUAAAUAACGGCACAAUGAACAACAGUUGGAAUGUGUAUUACAGUAAAUAUGGUGCAUUUAAUAACCUAAUGCAGAUAUGA